AUGGCGCCGCGCAUGCGCAGUCGUGGCGUUAAAGAGGCGCCUAUACUACUAGAAUGGUUGUACGGCAAAAGCAGACGUAUCAAUUUGAAAUGUCUCGCUGUAAGAUCAAGAAAUAUUGGGACAUUGACAAUUAUCAACAAUAGACAUGUUCAUGACAACAAAUGCGGAAAGAAAAGUUCAGUGUCGGAAGCUACUACAUUUGAUCUUGGUUGUCGAAUAAACCAGACAUCUAUUACAGUCGAUAGCUGUUUAACAAUGGAAUUUUGGAAAUUAAGCCGCCAUUUUGAUUUCAAAAGAAGUCGGAUAAAGGUGUAUUGGGAGAACAUCUGCAUGCAUGUAUUUGAUGCCUCUCUAACUGUCCGUUAUAGUGACCCGAUGAAGCUGAUUUUGCCAGUUUAUAGAAACGGGACAUACUACAUUAAAGCAACGUUGGCAUGCAAUGCUAGUGGUGAAAUAGAACAAAACAGUUUAUCCUUACAAAAAACUGUGUCAAAUGCUGAAUCGUGUGGAAAUUUUCAACCCAAUCUGUCUUCAAAAUGCGAAGAUGUUAAACCUAAAGUUGGAAAGGUGACAAUUUUACCACCAAAGAAACCACUGAUGUCCCAGAUAUAUACAAUAAUAACUGUUAUAUCAGUGCUUGUGACUGUGGGGACAGUUGUAACUGUUGCUUUUAUACGAAAACAACGGACCAUAUCCAAUCGGAAAAGACGUUCGAGUGAGAUAGGUAAUCCUGUAGAAGGCGAGGGUUUAGUAUUUGAUACUUCAUUAUAGAGAAGAGGGUUCCUUUCUCUAAAUCAAUAAGAUGUUGGAAAUUGCCGUGAUCGUUUAUUGAAUCCAUCUGAUCAUCUGAUCUUCUAUGGCGACUUCAACAAACGUGGCGUAGGACAUCAACAUACAUGCUGAAUUUAUAUAGAGUCUUCUUUUAUUAUGACCCUUAAUUAUUCUAGGGGUAAUGUUUCUAGUAACAACCGAAGAUACUCGCACCAUUGUAUGAAAGAGAAGAUAUACAUGUUUGUAUAUGUUACACUGAAGUGUAACUGCAACAGAAACAAUACGCGGAAGGGAAAAUGUGUUCACGAUAUGACUGUAGUGCAUUGUCACUGAUGUUCUCUAUUCAUUAUUUCAAUCAUUUAAUCAAAACUUAUUCUGCAAAAGUCAUUAUGAAUUUGUAAUCUAUGAUCUUGAAGGAUCAGAAAACCUUCUAGUCGGAUUUUCUGUCAUACAGAGAAAUCAGUACUAAUAUAAUGUAAAUACCUCAUACGCUAUAUGUUGUUUGCUGUCUGCGUCACUUAGGUGGGCGUUCAUUUAUAUACAUGUACCAAUGAUAUCUUAAAUGUCUCAUUAUG